AUGGCAAUUUUGGAGGCCUCAGCAAAAGGAUCGUCUAUUGUAGAACGAUACGCCACUGAGGAAAAUUUGAUGAACAAGUUUAGAGUGAAUACACCUGAUGAGAAGAGUUUAAAUAAUAGAAUGUUGGUUCAUGUGAAGGUGUGGGAUUAUAUUGUUAUGAAUGAUGAAUUUUUGAGUAGAAUGGCAACAUUGAUGAAGGUUGAAAAUUAUAAGGAAUUUCAAUUUCAUUCCGAUGUCUCUGUUUUCACAACAAGGCUUUCUCAUCAACAAAUUAAGGAACUCACUAAAAGUUAUUUUGCAAAGAAAUCUAUUGAAUGGAUCAAGAAGGUAACCAACUCUGACAAACGAUCAUUUUCAAAUCUUUCAUUAGAAUCUUUAAAACUUUAUGGUUUGAGAAUCAAGCUUGAUACUAAAUUGAAUGAAAUGGAGAGGUUGCAAACCAUGAAUCGAUUGAAAAAUUGGUACUCUUCAACUUAUACAAGAACCAUGUCAAAUUUAAUGUCAUCGGUUUUAAUUCAGUCUGAAGAUAUUAGUCAGUUAGAGUAUUCGAAUAAUAAGAGAAACACAUUCGAGGUUAAGGAAUUCUUGAAAGAACAAACAGACUCUUUAUUUUCAAUGGAUUGGAAUGUGGAUAGUCAAGGACUUCAAAUCACUCUUGCAAAUUUUGAUUAUGGAGUUUGGAAAUUGAUAAAACAAAGGAAAUUCGAUCAUCCAUUGGUUGAAUCCUUGACAAAGAGAGAGCAAGUUCAAAAGGUAUUUGAAAGAAGUUCAUCACUUGGAAGAUUUAUUAGAGAAUUAUCAGAAGGUGUUGGGCAGGCAUUCCUGGAAUUUUUAACCAAUGACGAUUCAGUGGAUAUGGUCUCCAGACAAUUGAGUUAUGAAAUUAAGAAUUAUGGAACUAAUCAAGUAAUUCAAAAUGGAGGUGGUUCUAAUUAUACUUAUUUAUGGGAUAACGGAAUUACUGGCGCCUCUGAAAUUGUUCUUGUCAUUGACACUGGUGUUUCAACAGAUCACUGUUUUUUCACUGGAACUAAUGAGCCAAGCACCAAGACCACUCUCAAUGCUAACUACAGAAAGAUUAUCUACUAUGGAAAAGCUGAUGCUGAUAAGACUGAUUUGAGUGAUACUAAUGGACAUGGUACACACGUAGUUGGAACUAUUGCUGGCUAUCCACAGACAAUACCAACCUCAGAAUUUGUUUCCUCAAAUUAUGGUGUGGCCAAGGAUGCAAAAAUCUAUGCUUUGGAUGCCCAGAAGGAAGCCUAUGGAAGUCUGUAUGUAGGAGAUAUAACAGCAAAUUUAAAGAAUGCCUUUAAGGCAGGUGCAAAAAUUUCAAGCAAUAGUUGGGGAUGUGCACUUCCAUAUACUUGUGAUUUUGAUUGUGAUUGCUACAUUGUGAAAAGUGAUAAUACUAAAGAAAAGAUAUCAGAUGAUCAAUGCAUCAAAGAUUCAGGUGUUCGUUGUUGUCACUAUUGUAAUGCCUAUGAUACAGAUAGUGCUAUUAUGGAUUCAUUCUUGAAUGCCAAUGAUGAAGUGACUGUGGUUGUGGCUGCAGGAAAUGAAGGUACAUCCGCUUCUGAUAGGACAUUGGGAGCUCCAGCAACUGCAAAGAAUGUCAUAACAGUCGGAGCCUCUUAUGCAACAUUAGCUUAUUAUAAGAAAUUCUUCAAUAAUGCAUGGACCACGUUGUACAACUUUGAAAAUGUUUGGGGGUUAUCGAGUAGAGGACCUACGUAUGAUGAGAGAAUCAAACCUGAUAUUGUUGCCCCUGGUUAUGGGAUAAUGAGUGCAAGUAAUGUGGAUUCAUGUGGAGUUCAGCAAAUGACUGGUACAUCAAUGAGUACUCCUGGAGUGUCUGGAGGAUUGGCUCUUAUUAGACAUUACUUGUUAAAAGACAACAAGAAAAAGUUGAUUGAUUAUAAUAUUUUUAAUAAGGAUGCUUCACAGACUUUGGCUGGAACGUUGGUUAAGGCCAUGGCCAUUCAUUCUGCAGAUACAAUGAAAGGAACAGUUCAAAUUAACUCUGUUAAUGUUCCUCUCUCACAAUUUGGCUCUCCAAAUAAGUACAAUGGAUACGGAAGAAUCGAUUUGUUAAAUGUUCUCAAGAUUGACUCUGACCCCUCAAGUGUUAACAGAAUUAAGGAAAUUCAUCUUGUCAACAGAUAUUCUCUAGAUGCCAACAAACAAAUCAAAAUGAAAUUUGUUGCCAAUUCAGCCACCACUCUUAAGGUAACAAUGACUUGGUAUGAUUUAUCUUCCCAAGUUGAAACCAGCUCAACAGUUAAGGAAAAGAAGUUAAUCAAUGAUCUUAAUCUUAUUGUCAGUUUAGGAGGUAUCAAUUAUUUCGGUAACAAUGGAACCAGUAUUGAUGUAUUGAAUACUCUUUAUUAUAAUGAAAAUGCUGCCACUGCAAUCAUAAUCCACAAACUAAAUGUUGAAAUCAUAUACAAUGCAAAUCUCAAAGUAACCCUAUUGAAUGUACAAUGA